AUGGACUCGGACCACGAAGAGUUUUCAGCUUCGUCAUCAUCCUCUUCUUCUCGGACAAACUCUAAUCCUUCUGAUUCUUUGCUGCCUCUACAGUGCAUUGGGCACAAGCGGAAAGCUGGGAGGAAGAAGUUCCGGGAGACACGACACCCAAUAUACAGAGGCGUGCGGCAAAGAAAUGGGAACAAAUGGGUGUGUGAAGUGCGGGAACCCCUUAAGAAAUCCAGGAUAUGGCUAGGCACCUUUCCCACCCCGGAAAUGGCUGCUAGGGCUCAUGAUGUGGCUGCCCUAGCGCUUAGAGGCCGCUUUGCUUCCCUCAAUUUCCCCGACUCGGCUUGGCGCCUUCCACGCCCCAAGUCGUCCUCUGCAGAAGACAUACAAGUAGCAGCGCUUGAAGCCACCAAGGCUUUCAACCCAACUGCGCCAUCUUCGUCCUCCUUGGCCUCUGCAUUGGAUAAUAUGUCAGGAGUUGCAGACUCGAAGAAGGUACUAGAAACUUCACCAAAUGUGGAAUCGCCUAAGUUAAAGAGCCAAAGGAUGGUUCUGGAAGUUUCUCCGGUGGAUACUAAGAGGUCAGAGAAGGUUGGAGAUGGUUCAACGCCAGUGUUCAUGGAUGAGGAGGCAAUGUUCAAUAUGCAAGGUUUAAUUAACAGCAUGGCUGAGGGUUUGCUCCUUACUCCACCUGCUAUGUGUAAAGGAUUCAGCUGGGAUGAUGCAACUGAUUCCCACAUUGACUUGUCUUUGUGGAAUGAUGAUUAGUUUGACAUAGGUGCGCUUAGAUUUCAAGUUUCUUUUCUUUCCAUUUCUUGUCAACCAAACAACACUGGCAUACAUUUUUCAUAUCAUACUUGUUUGUUAACUAAAUCAC